AUGGAAAAUGAAGUUGAUCUAGGACUUUCUCUUCCUUCUGUACUUAAUUAUAAUAAUUUAAAUAGGAAAAUAUCCUAUUUGUCCGAUACUAUAUGUGGUAAAUUAGAUGAAGAUUUGAGGGAUUACGAAGAUAUUUUCGGUUUUUGUGUGAAUAUUAAAGGAGUUAUCGAGAAGUUUAAUGAAUUGUCAUUUUAUGGAGAAUUCACAAAUGAGCGUUGCAUAGUUGUGAAAUUGUGGAUGUAUGAUCGUUUAUUUAAUUUACGUAUUAAAGAUAAUAAAGUUAAUGACAUCAAUAAUAUUAUUAAUAAGGUAAAAGAAAUGUUUAACGAUAAUGAUCCAGUUAAAGAAUGCAAAUUAUUUGAUUCUUUAUAUUUGAAGGAAGAUUUUUAUAAAAUGAAAAGUUUGUAUGAUUAUGCUACAAAUUAUAAGACGAUUAAAGGAUACCUUAAUGAUAAUAGUUAUAUAUGCAAUAAAAAUUUGAAAGAUUAUAUUAAUAAAAAUGAUGAAUUAUAUAUUAAUGGGAAACAAAAAUGUGAAGCACCUGAUACUGGUAAUAUGGAAUAUUGUAGAGUAUUUGAAUAUUUUAAAGAGCCGUAUUUAAAUAAAAAUUUACCCCUAUCUUGUAAAGUAAAACACGAAGUAGCUGAGGUUAGUGAACAAGAACAAUAUAUGACAAUUGAAGGAGAAGGACCAUCUGCAGCCUCGGGUAUGUUAAGCCAAAGCAAUGCAGAAAGAACUGAAUUUAUUGCAGUAAGAAGACAUCCACAAACUUCUAUAUUAACUACUGAAGAUAAAAAAAAUGCUGUUCCGUUUUCCGGUGUUAUAAUGGCAGUUAUUUUUCCACUUCUCGGAAUUUUUAUAUUUUUCAUUUUGUAUAAAUUUACUCCAUUUAAAUCAAGGUUAAAUACUCAUUUAUUCAAAAAAAAAAUAAUUGAGGAUUACGAAGAUGAAGAAUAUAUACAAGAACAUUUGAAUGAAAGUUAUCACACAAACGGAAAUCAUAUACGCUAUCAUCCUUUAUGA